AUGAACGGACAGGGGUGCUCGCUCUGCAGCCGCACCUUUGCUCGCCACGACCUGCGCUACACCCCGGUUGGCGGCGGUGUUCGCCAGCACGGCAGCGACUACCUUUGCCGCCAGUGCUGGCAGGUGAUCAGCGGGCAGCCAUGGCCGGAGCAGGCAGAGAGCGGGGCAAUGAACGGCGGGCUGAACGGCCAGCACAGCGGCUCGCCGCCAUCGCCCGAGGGCUCUGGCCGCCCGCCGCUGGACCGCCGGCAGCAGCAGCUGCUGCUGCAGCAGCAGCAGAUGCAGGCGCAGGCGCAGGCGGGCAGCCCCGCAUCAAUGGACGUGCUGCAGCGUAGCACGUCGGCGCCCAUGAGCGGCCUCACCGCCGCCCAGGCCGUCCACUUCACCCAGAUGCAGCAGCAGCAGCAGCUGACCGCCUUUGGGCUGCAGCAGCAGCACGCGCUGGGCCGCCGCAGCAUGAGCUUCCACGACAUCCAGCAGCAGCAGCAGCAGCAGCAGCAGGCUGCGCAGGCCAUGCCGAUUGGCUGCGCGGGCGCCCACCAGCGCCGCCCCUGGCAGCCCGCCUCCCUGCCCGAGCAGCUGGCGGUGCUGGCCGGCUCCGAUGACCCGCGGUGGGGCAACCUGGCGGCCUCAGCCUCCGGGUCUGACCACCGCCGCUCGCGGGCACGCGGCAUAGGCGGCGGGCACUACCUGGGCGCCUCUGCGCCCGUGCGCGGCGGCCUGCUCAGCGGCAGCGUGGCACCCCAGUUCAACAUGCAGGAGCUGGGCGGGAUGCUGGAUGAGGCCAGCCUGGAGCUGUUUGAGAGCCAGAGCCACCUGCUGGACCCCGACUCGCUGGCGGCGCUGCAGAAGCAGCGCCAGCUGCUCGACUGGCAGCAGGGGUCGGUGGGAGACGAGGCGGGCACGCUGGCGGCCGCCACGUCCAUGGAGCGGCAGGACUCGGCGGGCAGCGGCAACGAGCCGCUGGAAGUCAGCAACAUGAAGCGGCAGGUGAAGGCGGCGCUGCAGGAGCGCGACUGCCAGGCGCAGCGCAACAACGACCUCACGCAGCAGCUGCAGGACAAGAAGCGACAGCUGUUCAGCGCGAUACAGGAGCGCGAGGGCCUGCGGCAGCAGGUGCGGGGCCUGGAGGACAAGUGCCGGGAGUUCCAGCAGGCGCUCAUGUGCCGCAUGUGCCGCUCGGUCCAGCGCAACUGCGUGGUGCUGCCCUGCCUGCACUUCCUCUACUGCGAGGUCUGCAUCAAGCAGCACUGCAACACCAGCCCCAGCUGCCCCGCCUGCAACAGCUCCAUCAGCGGCUUCCACACCCUGCGCCUGCACUGA